AUGAGCCUGCCGCUUCUGGUCGCCAUCGUCGGCUUCGGCAUCGGUCUGAUCGUGCUGCUCGUGCAUCUGAGCGGCGGGUCGCAGCGGGUGCCGCUGGGCAGCGCCGGCCGGGUGGCCGAACGGUUCCGGAUCGACUUUCCCGAUGCGGACGUCGCGCGCUGUUUUGAAUCGGCGGACGGCUAUGAGGCGCUGCUGCUGUUGGCCGACGGCAGUCUGGGGCUGGUGCACACGGUCGGCUCCAAAUCGCUGACGCGGCACUACAAAAGGGAAGAAUUCGGCACCAUGAUCAGCAUGAAGGACGAGGCAUCGCUGGCGUUCGACGCCCAUGAGAUGACGCUGCCGCGCAUCGUCAUCGCGUUCGCCUCGCGCGAAGAACGCGACACGGCCGUUGCGGCGCUCGGCCGCGUGAUGGAUCUCGAUGCGCUGAUCCCCAACUAUCCCGAUGUCACGCAGGUGGCGAUCCCGUUUUUCAUCAUCGCCAUCAUCGUCGAACUCUACCUGAUCAAGCGCUUCCGCGACGAGCGCAAGGCCGGGUUCGAAACGCGCGACACGCUGACUUCGCUUCUGAUGGGCACCGGCAAUGUCGUCGCCGGGCUGCUGCUCGGCUUCAUCGCGUUUGGCGUUUUGAUGUGGGCCUGGCAGUUCGCGGUCUACGAUUUCGGCUUUUCCUGGUGGGCGGUGCUUCUGUGUUUCAUCCUCGAUGAUCUGCGCUACUACUGGUAUCACCGCAUCGCGCACCGCUCGCGCUGGGUCUGGGCCGAGCACGUCAACCAUCAUUCCUCGCAGCACUACAACCUGACCACCGCGCUGCGCCAAAGCUGGACCGGCACCUUCACCGGCAUGUUCAUCCUGCGCAUUCCGCUGGUGCUGAUCGGCUUUCAUCCGGUGAUGAUCGCCUUUGUGGGCGGACUGAACCUCGUCUACCAGUUCUGGAUCCACACAGAGGCGAUCGGCAAGAUGUGGAAGCCGAUCGAGGCGGUGUUCAACACGCCCUCGCACCAUCGCGUGCACCAUGCGACGAACCCGCGCUAUCUCGACGCGAACUAUGCCGGCACGCUGAUCAUCUGGGACCGCAUGUUCGGCACCUUCGUGCCCGAACUGGACGAGGACAUGCCGCGCUAUGGGCUUGUGCGGAACAUCGGCACGUUCAACCCGAUCAAGGUGGCGUUUCACGAAUGGUGGGCGAUGUUCGCCGAUGCGGCGCGGCCCGGCCUGACCUUGAAGGAGCGGUUCUUCUAUCUGGUCAUGCCGCCCGGCUGGAGCCAUGACGGAAGCCGCGACGACACGACCAAGAUCAAGGCGGACUAUGUGCGCCGCCAUCCCGAUCAGGCAGGCAUGCCGGGCCUGCCGCCGGCUCCGGGCGACGCCGAUCCGAUGGACGAGACGCAUGCCUUUGCCGCCGAUAUCUUCGCGGCCCAACCGUUCACGCAGUUGAUCGGCGCCGAACUGGUCGCCGCCGGCAAGGGCCGUGCGGAGAUCGCCGUCGAAAUGCGCGACGCGUUGCGCCAGCAGCACGGUUUUGCCCAUGGCGGGCUGAUCUCAUAUCUGGCCGACAAUGCGAUCACCUUUGCCGGCGGGCUGGGGCUCGGGACCGACGCGCUGACGUCGGAAUUCAAGAUCAACUAUGUGCGGCCCGCCAGGGGCACGCGCCUGAUCGCCCGCGCCACCGCGCGCGGGGUCGGCCGGCGCCAAGCCGUGUGCAGUUGCGAAAUCUUCUCCAUCGACGACAGGGGCGAGCGCCUGUGCGCGCUGGCGCAGGGCACGGUGGUCGCGGUGGCGGCCAUGACGGAGGGGCUGGCCGAUGGGACGAACCGCGCCAACGAACGCUUCACCACCCUGUACAGCCGCUGGGGCGAGGGCGGCGCGGCGCUUCUGAUCACCGGCAAUGUUCUGAUCGACCGCUGGCAUCUGGAGCGCGGCGGUAAUCUGGCCAUCGACGGCGAACAGGGCAAUGAGGCGCUGGCGGCACUGGCCGACAUGGCCUCGGCGGCCAAGGCGCACGGCGCGCACAUCUGGAUGCAGCUCAACCAUGCGGGCCGCCAGACCCAGAAGAUGAUCAAUCCCAGGCCGAACGCGCCGUCCGAUGUCGGCCUGAAAAUGGGCAAUGGCCGUUUCGGCACGCCGACGCCGCUGUCCGCCGUGCAGAUCGAGACGAUCAUUGCCGGCUUUGCGCAUGCGGCGAAAACGGCCGAGCAAUGCGGCUUCGAUGGCGUUCAGGUCCAUGCGGCACACGGCUAUCUGAUGAGCCAGUUCCUGUCGCCCCUGUCGAACCGGCGCGACGAUGAGUGGGGCGGCAGCCUGGAAAACCGCGCGCGCAUCCUUCUGACGAUCGUUGAACGCAUCCGCGAGACGGUCGCUCCGGAUUUUGCCGUUGCGGUCAAGCUCAACUCCGCCGAUUUUCAGCGCGGCGGCUUCUCCGAGGACGACAGCGUGACCGUUGCCGGCUGGCUGGCCGAUGCGGGCGUCGACAUGAUCGAGGUGUCGGGCGGCAAUUACGAACAGCCGCGCAUGAUCGACUUCAACCGCAAGGAUCCGCUCGCCGCCCAGAAGCGGGAAAGCACGCGCCGGCGCGAGGCAUAUUUUCUCGAAUUCGUGCCCAAGCUGCGCGCCGCCGUGUCGAUCCCGGUGAUGGUGACGGGCGGUUUCCGGUCAAGGGACGCCAUGGAGGCGGCGAUCGGCGACGAUGGCGUCGACAUGAUCGGUCUCGGCCGUCCGCUGGUGCUCGACCCGGACGGCGCCGCCCAUCUUCUCGAAGGGAUGGCCGAGCGGCUGGAGAGCCGCGACGACGACCUUGUGAUCGGCGGCGGGCUCCUGGGGCCGCGCUCGCCGAUCAGCUUCCUGCGCGACCUCAAUGCCUGGGCCGCGCUCGGCUGGUACUAUGAGCACAUCUAUGCGCUUGCCGACGGCAAGCAGCCGGACAGGUCGCUGAGCGCGUUCCGCGCGCUUCUGGCUUACGACCGCACCGAGGGCGCGGCUGCCAGGCGGCUGGUGCGAAACUGA